GAUAAUAGUCCAGAAAUGGAAGGAGAUGAAAGACAGAGGUUCCUACAUGGAUCGCACCAGUGUUCCUCACGCAGUACCUCCCCUUUGUGAUGAUGAUGAUGGUGAUAUCAUCACCUCCACCAUCCUCCCAUUGCAUUUUCAGAUCAAUGAGACGAGGGGGGGGCAGAAAAAAUGGGAGAGAGAGUGGGGGGGUCUGUGUAUUUUCAGCCACACGCUGACAGCUGUGCAGCUACCCCACGUACGUUGUCAUAUCCGGAGAGACAGCGAGAGGCAGAGAGAGCGUGAGUUUGACGUCCCUGUUUCUUCAGCGUCUUUUGCUGUGCAGACGCGUGCCUGUCUGCACCCGGAUUCCCCUUCAACUUUUUUUUUUUUCUUGCAAAUCUUUUAUACUGUUUUCAUUGUCGCAUUCCUCCGUCUUCCCUUUGGAAUGAACUAUUUUCCUGCCUGCGUCGUUUCCAUGUCAGCAUGGGAACUGCCGUGUCCAAAAGGAGGAAUUUAAGAAACGAUGCGAUAUCUUCUGUGGCAGCAAAAGUUAGAGCAGCUCGAGCUUUUGGAGAGUACCUGUCCCACACACAUCCUGAAAACCGAAACGGAUCAGCUCAUCUUCUGUGUGAAACCUUGGUGGGUCCCGACCCGGAGUCGCCAAGUGACACGAUUGGUGCCAAUAACAACAACCACCUGCAUCCCUGCUCCAACACUACCAAGGGCUGUGAGGACAACCGGGAGUCCAGCCUGGUGAAAUCCCCACUGGCACCUCCUCCUUCCAUCACCAUCUCUACCAAGCCAUCGCGGCUGUCCCUUGAGCGCAGCUUCUCAGCGGAGGAAGACCAGCAGAAGUGUGUCGAGUGCACCCUGCAGCCGGCCCGUGUGUACACCAUUACCACCCAGCGCGGUAUGCUGAUGAGCAGCGGCCGGGGCAGCAAGGAGAACUUAGAACUGGACGUCCUUAAGGAGAAGUCGGGGAGUCGUGGGGUGGGAUCCAGAGGUGGCUUGAUCCAGCCCUCCACUUCCCCUUCCUCCACCUCAUCGUCUCCAACCCAGUACCACCAUGCCAGCAGCAGCCGUGGCACCAGCCACCAUCACAGCAACCAUCACCACGGUAACCACCACCACGGGAACCAUCAUGGCGUGUCCGGGACAAAUGUGCCCUCCAGCAGUGGAGGAACUAGCGGGGCAAGUGGAAGCGGCAGUAGCAACCAGCAGCAGCAGCAGCAGUCUUUAGCCGCCGCUGGAUCCCACUCGCAUCAUGCAUCACACCACAGCCAUCACCAUCACAUGUCUCAGCCCCCCCUGCAGACCUCCGUCAGUGCCCACAACAUCCGCAGCUGGGGCGAGGGUGGAAAAGGUGAAGCUGAGUGCAGCGGGCUGGCCUGUGACUCAUGCAGCGGUGCCCCUUCGAGGAGCCAAGGCUCUCUGGACUUGGAGAGCGCAUCCCGAGAGGCAGGCAAGCAGCACCGACGCCUAGAGCGGAUGUGGAGUGUGGACCGGAUGACUGGGCUGGAGAGAGAGGACACUAACUGGUUCCCCAAGGAAAAUAUGUUCAGCUUUCAAACUGCCACAACAACCAUGCAGGCGAUAUCGGCUUUCCGGGGAUUUGUGCAGAGAAAGAGGAGAGAGAGGGAGCAGAAUUCGGCAGAAGUCAUCCAGAGGAACUUCCGGAAGCAUCUUCGGAUGGUGGGCAGCAGAAGGAUUAAAGCUCAGACUUUCGCUGAGCGUAGAUCGAAGAGUUUCAGCCGCUCCUGGAGUGACCCCACCCCUGUCAAGACUGACUCUGCUCAUGAACCCAGAGACAGCGGAGACUUGCAGGCUUCCUGUGGUACCCUGGAUGAAGGAGGCGUUGAUGACAGUUUAGACUGGGAGGAGGAGAGAGAGAUGGAGAGGCUGGCUUGUGAAGGAGAUGACUUUGUUCCUCCCAAAAUCAUGCUGAUCUCCUCUAAGGUCCCCAAGGCGGAAUACGUUCCCAAUAUAAUCCGCAGGGAUGACCCAUCCAUCAUCCCCAUACUCUACGACCAUGAACAUGCAACUUUUGAUGAUAUUUUGGAGGAAAUAGAGAAGAAGCUCACAUCUUACAGGAGAGGAAGCAAGUUCUGGAGGAUGCUCAUCUUUUGUCAGGGAGGACCUGGUCAUCUGUAUUUACUGAAGAAUAAAGUGGCAACCUUUGCUAAGGUGGAAAAGGAGGAAGACAUGAGCCAAUUCUGGAGGAGGCUUAGUCGCUUCAUGAGUAAAAUCAACCCAGAACCCAACCUGAUCCAUAUAAUGGGAUGCUAUGUCCUGGGCAACCCCAACGGAGAGAAGCUGUUCCAGAAACUGAAGAAUCUGAUGAGGCCUUAUUCUGUCGAGUUUGAGUCGCCGCUGGAGCUCUCUGCACAGGGCAAAGAGAUGAUUGAGAUGUACUUCGACUUCCGCCUCUACCGACUUUGGAAGACACGCCAGCACUCCAAGCUCUUGGACUAUGAGGAUUUUUUGUGACAAAGAAACCUGGACAAUGGGUGCAGCAGAGGCCUCCAGUGCCAGGAAUAACCUGAUAAAGCUGAUCCAGUGACUGGACAUUGUUCGAACCCGUCAACUCAACACAAAAAGUCAUAUGUGCUUUCAACCGGGAGAGGACUGGGAGAGGAGGAAGAGGCGGACAAGGAGGCUGGGGACAAACUGUGCCUCGGCUCCUCUUCACUUUCAGAGUAAGGAUCAAAGACUAACAAAAAGGGCCGAAAAAUACUUGUAAAAGAAUAAAAUUGGGGAAAAAGCAAAGACAACUGGACUGUCCACGUCUUAGUCGCCAACUCUCUUAGCCUCUUGAGUUUAAAGUAAAAAUUCGUAAUGCGUUAAAAAAGAGAUCAUCAUUUUAAUCACGCCUCUGUUGUAAGGACAUACUUUCUGAAGCUGAUGCGCUUCAGAAAAAAAUUCAUUUUUGUCACAGUGUGGUUCUGUGUUUCGACUGGACCUUUCAGAUAAUCUCAGACCCCAGAGACAGACGUAAACAUAAAUAACCCAUAUGUUGGUGUGUGUAUAUAUAUCACAUGAAUAUAUUAGCAUAGCUUUAGUCAUGCAAAUAAUACUCCAUAUGAGAAUAAUGAUGCAUCAUUUAUUUUUGAUGUGCAUUGUUGUGCAGUUUCAUAUGGAAAUACUUUGGAAUAACUCAGGUUUUAGCCAUGAAGUAAUUAAUCUGUUUGUCUAUUCUAUCAAGAUAUUGUAAUCUUCAUUGCCAUCGCUUGGAAUGAAUGUAUUAUCUCUCUAGAAAUGUAUCUUACGUUUGAGGAAUUGAGCUUCGUGUUUUGGUUUUUAAAAAAAGUAUAAUGUGCUGAUAUUGUGUGUGUGUGUGUGUGUGUGUGUGCACGCGUGUGCAUGUGAGGGUGUUUUCCAUGAAACAAAAGAAGAAAACAUGCACAUGUUGAGUGCAUUUUUCUCUCUGAAAGCAAAAGCAAUUGUUUAUCACCUUCAUCACCCGAGUUUUCUUUCGUGCUGUCACAUACAUACAAAGACAUUCUAGUACGAUUCAUGAUGUCAAGAGGGAUGUAACAGCCAUCCAGGUUUUCCAACCCCUGUAGUGCAGGAGUUGCCCUUUUGAUCCCUCCUGCUCCUCUGUAGAAGGUUCAGGCCACUUACUCGGCCCAUCAGCAGUGCCAGCUGCUCUCGCUAUCUGCCAAACACUCUUGGCUUCUCUUAAUGGCAGCCAAACGAGAUUCCACCACCUCUCAAUUCACUGGGCUGUGAUCCAGUCUGAGUACUGAAGUUCUCUGAAUUAAAGAGAUCUGCCAGGAGUUUAAGCUGUUAACAGCCAUCUGCUGGCCCUGUCAGGUGUCAGCUAGUUAAAGGCCAGAAAUAUGCACUGAGUGUGUGUUUUGUGUCUGAGAGCUGUCUCAGAAAAGGUUAGGGGUGGAUAGACAACCCUUACACACGCACACAAAAAAAAAAGAUUAGGGGUGGUUAAAUGCAGAGAGCAGCAGCUGACCCUACUGCUGGACCGCAAUCUGAAACAAUAUGCGAAUGCUUUCACCUUGUGGUUCACACACACAUACGCACGUGCGAGGUGCUGGAAUAGAAAUAAACUUUGAGAAACCAACAAUUCAGGGCAAAAUUGAAGGGACACUCCACAAAGGUCAGUUUACUGGCUGUGAUGAGUGCUUCUCAGCCUGCGAAAACACUUUUUAUUAUGUCUUAAGUCUCAGAAAAUAACCCUGGUGAUGUCUUCUCACUUUGGGACUUCAAACAGAAAGUCUGUCACAAACUGGCAAUAUGGACAUGGUUUAAAUGUAGAAGUUUACUAGCAGGGAUGGCCUAAUGAAAGAUGCUAUCAACUUGUUUGAUGGGAAGUGUAGUAUCCAAGAUAUUUUAGCAAUUGCUGUUUUGAUUUUGACCAUUUUCCUGUCACAAAGCCCACAAUUUUAGGAAAAUAAACAAUUAAAUAACAGUACUUGUUUAACAAUGACAUUUUUUUAAAUUCAACAAAACAGUUGUAGGAUUUAAACUAGGACAGUGACACUCCAAAUGCAGUCCAGCCACAGUUUAACAUUUGACUUAUCAGGUUGACAUGCUUUUGCACAAGGCUCUGAUGAAGGCAGGUUUGUUUAAAUGCAUCAGCUUAAGAGGUUCGAGUACUGGUGUCUGUACUUCUAAAGUUUUCAUGUGUCGGCACUUUUGAAAAUGUGGCCACAUUUUCCGAAUGUGGCAGCAGUCCUACAAUGUCCCACAAUGACAUCAGUCCCUGAAUGUCAGCAAAACAUCGCUGUGGAGCGACACAGCUACCGGGUAAGCAUGAUUUUAACCUGUUGUUAAGUAUCUGCAUAGGUGAUAGGUGUUUACAGAGUGAUUUAAUAGAUUUCAGUGGUCCCAGCUCUGCAUAACACACACAGACACAUACACACACACACAAGCAAAGAUAUUUAAAAUCUGUAUAUGGUAAAAGCUUUUCCAUCUGUCAUCAUUUGUGUGGAUGUGUUUUGGAGCAUUAUGUGCAGAUUUUUUUUGUGUGUGUUAAAGUCAGCCAGUCUCUCUGGAAUGCUCUCCAGCUUUCUACUCAAACACCUCUGGUUUUUAUUUGCUUUUGUCCUCUCUCUGACAUUGCAGUGCCAGAGUACAGUUUGUCUGGCACAGACAAGUGCUCUCUCAGCCUGAGUCACGCAGUAUAUGUUUCAUUACAGAUUUAAAAUUCACGUUACACAACCUGUCAUAUCACAGAGUCAUUUUAAUUCCAGCAGAAGCAUUAAGUUGCCAAGUUCUCAAAGAUACUGGCCCCAACAGCUAACGGCUAAUGACACUGGCUAAGUCAAAGUGCGGCAGAGAUGAACAGUGAUGUAAUUGAUUUAAUUCAGUGUUUUUCUUAUUCCAUAGAAAACAUAGGAAGAAAAAUCUCAUAUCCAGUGUUUAAAGGAAUUUCUGGUAAUUAAUCUUCUGUUUGAAUUUACUGGGAUGAACUGACCAUGAUGUGAAGAGCACUCUGACUCAGGAGUUUGAGAGAGCUUCGUUUUCUUCUUCAGCAAAAAAGUAAUAAUGAUAACAAUAAAAAAAAUAAAAAGCAUUAAAAGCGUAAUUUCAUCGGAAAUCUAAUUAAAGAUACAAAUGUGUCUAUCUCUCUCAGUCUGUUGUAUUAUUUGUCUUUUCAUUUCAUAUCGCAUAUUGGGAAUACCAGCUUUGAAAAAAAAAAAAAAAAAAAAAGCAGAGUACAGUAAGUUCUCUGAUUCUCUGAAAUCUGACCUUUUGUUUCAUUAUGUAUAAAGCACACUUAAGCUUGAAGACACAGGAGACUGAUACAGAAAUAGGAGAAUGCUGAAAGACAGAUGAAUCUCAACUAUUAUUUCUUCAUCACUGUCCCUUAUUACAUGAUUGAAAAUAGUUCAACACUUUCUUCAUUUCAAACUUUAGAA